CGGGCACUACCUGCGCUAACACACAGGCGCGGAGGCCCCGCGAGAGGCCGGCGGGCGCUGGGCCCAGCCAGGAGCCGCAGCCCCGGCCUCGCGCGAUCGCCGGGCGGGGCGCAGGUGCGGCCUUCUGCGGGGCCCUUGAUGCGGUUGAGGCCGCGCGGGCCAAAGAGGAGCCCGGCCCGGCGGCGGGCGCGGUAGGAGGCGGCAGGGCCCCGGGCCCGGGCUGAUGACUGCGGCGCCCCCACGAUGGACGCCCUAGAAGAAGAGAGCUUCGCGCUGUCCUUCUCCUCCGCCUCUGACGCAGAAUUUGAUGCUGUGGUUGGAUGUUUAGAGGACAUUAUUAUGGAUGAUGAGUUCCAGUUAUUGCAGAGAAACUUCAUGGACAAGUACUACCAGGAAUUUGAAGACACAGAAGAGAAUAAACUCACCUACACUCCCAUUUUUAAUGAAUAUAUUUCUCUGGUAGAGAAGUACAUUGAAGAACAGUUGCUGGAGCGUAUCCCAGGCUUCAACAUGGCGGCCUUCACAACCACACUGCAGCACCAUAAAGAUGAAGUGGCUGGUGAUAUCUUUGACAUGCUGCUCACAUUCACAGAUUUUCUGGCCUUCAAGGAGAUGUUCUUGGACUACAGAGCAGAAAAGGAAGGCCGAGGACUGGAUUUAAGCAGUGGCUUGGUCGUGACUUCUCUGUGUAAGUCAUCUUCUACGCCAGCUUCCCAGAACAACCUACGGCACUAGGUCCCACCUUCACUCAACAGGCGUGAUUGAUAGGAGGUCACCGGCCCAGCAGGUUCAGAGAAACAUGGGCUAAUGAUGACUGAUACAUCCUGCGAAGACCCACUGUGCCACAGCCCUUUGUUCAUGUGAAGUAUUGAUGAGUCCUGGAAAACAUGACUGACCCUUCUGGCCCUUGUCCAGAAACUC